GACGAUCCAACCACAGAACAGAAUUACCGCAGUCGUACCCUAGUUUGUCCGAGUGCUUGUGGUCUAUGAAUUGUCAUAAUCUGAGAAAAAUUACAAAAAAAAAUGAUAUGCCGGAGAAUAUUACACGCUAUCCUGGCAGUCGGCCUCGUCGAGGCGUCUUCAGGUGCAGCGAUACACCAGGUAGGAUCGUCAUCCGAAAAACCCCCGAUUUCUCCUCCUCCCGGGAGGAGUUCUCCUCUUUUGAAUGGUUUGUCCACCCUUCGACCGGAAUUGGUACAGACCCGCACGCUUUCCGACACCGAUAAAACCGUUUUGUCCUCCGGAGUUAGCGAAAUCCUUAGCCAAAUCGACAGAACCUCCACCUUGAGAGCCUCCCCGUCGGUCAACGAAGUCAUUGACGAAGUGGAUCACACCUACGCCAUUAAACAACCCGAUGAACGCCUGGUUACGCAGGUCAACAUGGUUCAUGAUUAUGCUCAAGGUCGAGAGAACGGUGUGGACGACGUCUUCGUGAAGGACGAUACGAACCGCGUCAUCGCCAUGGAUAAUUCACGUGGAGAAAAAAAAAUGGUCAGCUCCGGUAAAUCCAACGCGGUGGAAGCGAUAUCUCAACCCGGCGGAGUCGAACAGACUUUCCGCGUGUCUCAGGAAGAUGAUUUUCAGCAGAUUGAGGAUCACAACGGACUUGAAGUAACUGGGAACACUCGCACAGAUAGAAUUUACCUGGAAGAGAAUUCUGACGAAGUAACUUCUUUUUACUCCCUGAACACGACAGACAAUCGGCAGAUGCACAACCUCGUUAGGAAUGGCAAUAACAUCGAGGAGGAUACGAGCAAAUCCAACGCAACAGGUUUGAGUUACACAGACGAGGGUGCAGCGGUUUUUUCCGUCGACGGCACCGAGAAAAACUUGAGGGUUUCAAAUAAAGGGGUUCAGGCGUUGAUUGGGGUGGAUAAGAGCAAAGGAGUCUAUAAUUCCGUAGACAAUAACGGGAAUAAAGACCUGAUAUUGAUUGACGAAACAGCGCACAAUAUCGACGUGGAGGACGGGGUCAUCGGGAUGUCUUUGAACACCAACGACAUGAACAACGUUUUCGGUUUCAAAGACGAAGACGGCACCGUGGGUGCGUACGAGGAGAACGGAACAGACCACUCGCUAACCAUCACCGACGGUUCGCUCAGCGCGAACGUUGACCUGAACAACGUCGACGAGUUGUUCGGGAUUUCCACCCCCGAUGGUGUUGCCGACGUCCACCAGAUCAGCCAGGCGGGUGAAUUAAUUAUAGUUGAUGACGGGGAGCGCGGGGUCGCGCUGGGGGCUAAAAAAAUUACUGAGGCCCAGGGCCUCUUCGAUAACGGCGACCUGAUAACGAGCUUCCAGGGGAAUCAGAUCGACAGAGCCCUCUCGAUUGCUGAGGGCUCAUUCGACGGCACUCUGCAGACGAGUCAGACAAAUGGAGUCUAUCAGAUGACCCGUGAUGAUGGACAAGUGGAAGUUAUGGAGACUGAGGAGCAGAUGAUCGAUCAGACUAUCGUCAUUGACGAUGACCGCGGAACGCAUGAGGCCCGUGAGGCAGACGAAUUGGUCUGGGAGACCAGUGCUGAGAGACCAGACGAGACAAAUUAUCAGCAGAGUGAACGUUCUCCUGUAAUCAAUGGCUUCAGCACCUCUAGACCCGAACCGUCACCGUCGUCACCCGACAUCAGCGUCAUUCGGGGAAUUUCCAAAAUUCAGAGCGAAUCCCGUCGUGGUGAUUACCGUGGAACGGAGGCUCCACGCUCCACCUACAAUGCCUUCAGAGAUCUCGUCACCAGAUUUGAUCAGCUUUAUCAAGCAGGGGACAUUGAAAAAAUCGGAAACAUCUUCGGGGGCAGAAAGAAGAACAAAAUUGAUGUCCAGAUUACCAUUAAUAUGGAAAUCUAAUGGUUGAGAUAAGUAAAGCCGCAUAAAAAUUAAAUGAUAUAUUAAUAUCCCCGUCUCGGAGGAAGUUUAUUGAUUUUUUGAGAGAUCAUAUCUAUUGGAAAAACAGGAAAAAUGAAAAUAUUAUAAAAGAAUUGCAAUGAAAAUUCAAUAGAAUUUUUCAGAGCGAAUUUUCUCUCCUGCCAUUAUCAGUUUGCUCGCAUGAAGUGAAUAAUCGUCGGUUAAUGAAGUUGUUAACGUUAUCAGAAGUACAGUCGAAUGAGAAAGCUUCGACAUCGAGAAUGUUCUCCAUAAAGUCGCAAAUACAAAACAUGAAUACUUAAAA